AUGACGGUCUCCAGUCUCACGCUGGCGGCCCGGUCGCUUCCCCGGGCUAGGUUGGCAUCAGCAUCGGCAGCAGCGGCGUCAAGGUCAGUGACGCCUUGGCGUUCUCUCCAUACUCCUACGGCCACUCGUUCGCCCGCCAGUAGACUUGGAGCACACGCAAGGGCGAGCACCACCUCAGUGCAGCCUAGCUUCCCCUGCCGACGCCACCUGGCCACACAGUCCACCACACCCGACUUUGUGAUCCCAGUGAUCGACUUUUCGGCUUUUGUGCGGGCCGACGCUACCGAUGCGGACCGAGCACGUACGUCGCACGAGCUGACACAGGCGUUCAAGUCGUCCGGCUUCGCCUACCUCAGCAACCACGGGAUCACUCGCGAACAGAUCGACGACACGUUUGCCAAGUCGGCCGAGUUCUUCAAGCUGCCGAUCGACAAGAAGGACGAGUUGGCAUGGAAGGAUCCUCGCGCCAACCGCGGCUACGUGGCCGAGGGGCGAGAGCGCGUAACACAAGCGACAUCGGCAGAGGAGAUCGCGGCGCUUCGGGAACAGACGCCGGACUACAAGGAAUCGCUCGAGAUCGGCAACGAUCGCGAUCCCGUGUGGAAGAACGAAUGGCCACAAGAGUCGGACGCGCCGCACUUUAAGGAUACGAUGCUGGCGUUUCAGAAAGCGGCGCACGAGCUGCACAUGAAGGUCAUGUCGUCCAUCGCCAUGGGCUUGGGCCUAGAUGCGCGAUUCUUCGAGGACAAGUGCAACCAGGAAUGGCACACGCUCCGUCUGCUCCACUAUCCGAGCGUCAGGACGGACAAGCUCAAGCUCGAAGGCUCGGCGAGGGCCGGCGAACACAGCGACUACGGCUCCAUCACGCUCCUCUUCCAGGACAGCGUGGGUGGUCUCGAAGCAAAGAACCCGCAUACGGGUGUGUACCACGCAGCGGAUCCCAUCCCCGGCACCAUCGUGGUCAACGUAGGGGAUCUGCUGGCGAGGUGGUCCAACGAUCAGCUGCGCUCUACCCUUCACCGGGUCAAGGCACCUCAAGCAGCGGACGCAAAGGCGGAAUACACACCUCCACGAUACUCGAUCGCCUUCUUUUGCAAUCCCAACGAGGACCAGCUGAUCGAGACGUUGCCCAACUUCGACUCGAAGGAAGGACCCAAGUACGAACGCAUCCUGACCAAGGACUACCUCGCCAAGCGACUCAGCGAGACGUAUGUGUAG